AUGUCGGCGCUGCCUCAAGGCUUAAUCAAAGUGACAUUCAAUCGUAGCAGCGGGCCGGGCGGUCAGGCGACGCUGCGGCUUGACCUACAGCAGCAGACCGGCCAGUCUUGGGCGCCCGAUUAUGUCGUUCGCGCUCUCGCACAUAGCCCGCUAUCGAGCAGCAAUGGCACGGCGGUGGUGCUAGCGUGUGAUUCCGAGCGCACACAGCGCGAUAAUCUGCGGGUUGCGCACGAGCGCUUGCACAAACUCGUACUCGAUGCCGCUCAGCGCGACGUCAAACGCCCUACUUCAGCGGCCACCCAAGAGCGAGUCGAAAAGCUCGUCAAAGUCGGUGUAGCAAAGCGUAAGGAGGCUAAACAACGUCAAAGCGCCAAGCGGCCAGAUGUGUCGUAUGGUGCUCAAGACAUACAGCCAUCAAUAAUGGCCGCGCUAGUCGUGAUCGCUCUAUGCGUAUCUGCGCUCGCCGCCCGAAUGGGCCCAGCUGGGGGUUCAGAUGUCUCGACGACAGGCUCGUCAAGCAGACUCAUCCGGCGAUCUCGUCUGGGCUACGCAAUGUCGCCCUCUAUCAAGACGCAAUCUAAUGCUACUUCCCGCGUCCUCGCAGACAAAUCGGCAUUUGGCGGCUGGACCGAUCUCUCUGACCCGGCAAGCAAAGGUGCCAAACUACUAUUCAAGCGUGUUGCCCAGACCAAGAAUAUGCCACACGCACAAUUGUAUCUGACGCAGCAUAUCAAUGCUGCGCUGAUGCGGCAAGCGCGCUUUGCCGGAUCUGGCGUCAAUAUAGAUGAACAUGCUCAGCGACUUACGAAGCGAUGGGAGUCUCUUGGCAAGCCAGCAGAACAUCUCCUCCUGCGCAAACGGGAUGGCUUCCCCGCAGCAGCAGCAAAGGCAGCGGCGAAUAAUACUAUCACGCUCAGCAGACCUCCCCUUGCGGUCAACACACUUGCUCUGGAUAUCCAAGCGAACGACAUUGGCUACUUUGCUACCUUCCUGGUAGGUACCCCGCCGCGACCAUACAAAGUACUCGCAGACUCCGGCUCCUCCGACUUUUGGCUGGCUUCGACACAAUGCACCGAUUGUGGACCUCACCAAAAGCUCGGGCAGGACAAUUCUAAGACAUUUCUGGCCAAUCAGACCACCUUUAGCGUCAAAUACGGUACGGGCGAGGUCAGUGGCGAUCUGGCGACGGACACGCUGAUGCUCGGCAAUCUACUUCUGCCCGCCCAUCGCUUCGGCGUGGCAACGAAGGAGUCCGUCGAUUUUUCGGCAAGCGAUGUGCCCUUCGACGGCUUGAUGGGUCUUGCCAAGAGCAAACUCUCAAACCAGAAAGUUCUGACGCCUAUUGAAGACUUGGCUGCACGAGGGCUGGUCAAAAGCGCUCAGAUGUCAUAUGUGAUUCCUAGAUUUCAAGACAAUGCAGCGGACGGGCUCAACAGCGGCCAGAUCACAUUCGGCGGCGUGGAUCUGUCUCGUGUCAAGGCAGGUAGCAAGAUCCAAACGCUUCAGAACGUCAACAAGAAGGGAUUCUUUGCAGCUGCAAUGUCGCUUUCGGUGAAUGGCGAAUCACUGAACAUGACCAAUCUGGAAGCUCUGCUCGACACUGGAACAACAUUGAUCGUCGCCCCUGAUCCCAUCGCAAAAGCGAUUCAUGCUCAAAUACCAGGCGCGCAAAGCGACGGCCAAGGCGGCUUCACAAUCCCCUGCACGACGUCCAAUACUGUUACCCUCACAUUCGAUGGCGUGCCUUAUGACAUCGACCCACGAGAUCUCAAGUUUCAGCCAGUGACGGACGAUCUCAAUGGCAUGUGUACGAGCGGCAUCACUAGCGGCUCCAUUGGCGGCCCGAACGAGCUGCUUGUCGGAGAUGUCUUCCUCAAGAACGUCGUCUUCUCCACUGAUGCUACUGCAGACGUGAUCGGACUGGCGCCAAGGGCAUAG